AUGUCACGAAUGUCCCCCGCGCUCAAAGCGCUCAUAAACUCACCCGCCGCGCGACCCAACACCCUUCCAGCGCCCCGCAACAUCCAGUCCGUGUACGCGAAGAUCCAACAAGAAGCCCAAGCCAAGGGCAUCUCGCAACCCUCAUGGCUGGCCUUAUCGACAGCAACAACAAUGACCAUGAACUCCCCGGACUCCCUAACCCUCCUCUACGAACUCGCCACCUCCUCCUCCUCCACCCCCACAGAAACCUCGACCUCGACCUCCCCCACAACCGAACCCUCUUCCCCCCUCGCAACCGCCGAACUCAUGCGCGAAGUCGGCCUCAAAUGCAUCAGCUUCAACGGCAUCCCGCGCACGAUCAACUGUCUCAACGCCUUCCGCGCCAGCCUGCCGGAGUCCAUCACCGCCCAACUCUCCACGACCCCGAUCCGCGAACCCACCCCCGCCAACAUCUCGGCCAUCCGCGCCCGCGGCCGCGCCCUCUGGGACAGCAUCUACCGGCCCUUCGAGCAAAAACUCUACGAUAAGCUGGCCCGCGCGCACCCGGACCUGCCCGUGCACAUCCUGAAUAUGAACUACGGGGCGUUGCUGGCUGAUCCACCCGGCAAAGGAAGGGUCGGGCGGGUGCUCACCUCGCUGGUGGCCGUGGCGUGUCUGCGGGCGCAGACGGGCGUCGGGCCUCAGGUUACCUCGCAUGUGUUCGGCCUAAGAAAGGCGGUGGAGGAUGGGAGCUGGGCGGAUGAUGUUGAGACGAAGGCGGGCGCGGAGUGGUUGGCGAGUGAGGCGGGGAAUGUGUGGAUUCUGGAGAGUGUGGAUGCGAUUGUGGGCGCGAUUGGGGGUGGGGAGGGGAGUUUUGCUCCUGCGGGAGGGAGGAGUGGGAAGUUGUGA